CGCAAGGAGUAAAACUCAUCCGUGAUCAUAGAGCAUAGAUAUUUUAUCGAGUCCUAUCAAUGCGAAAGUAAAAAACGUUUUCAGUGCAAUUUUGGAUUACGUCGCGAUAUUCGAUACGUCCGAAGUGUUUCUUCAUUAUCUAAUCGGAUAGCACAGAUAAGAAUGUAGAAACUUUGAAGUUCACGGAUUCGGCGAAGAGACCCAGACUGAUUCAAUGUUGUGUGUUUGUGGUGAUCGGAGGAGUCGUCAUCAUUCGCUACAAUUGCGUAGAAGUAUAAGAAGCAAAACGCAUUUUCUCGAUUUCCUGCUCGUCUUCUAGGAUACGAGUAAAAUAAAACUCCCCUAAAAAGUCUCCACGGACGUUCGUAGUGAUUAUUAUUCUUUUCUAAUCUUCAUUUGGUAAAUUCGUUGGUAGUUCAUCGUGUAACAACAAUAAGAAAAGCCAACAUAGGAAAAGAUAAUGUCGUCUUGAGUGAGGAUAGCCUAUUCGUGUGUUGAUAUUCUAUCCUAUUCUGGAAUAUUUUUUUUCUUUCGUUAUUCUGUGUGUUUUGUGAACUUUACCCGAUGGUUGGUGUGUGUUGUAUGUUGUAUUGUUUGUAGCAGAAUCGCAACGAGUUUGUGAAUGGAAAUACAUCAUCUCACAAUCUAAACAACAACAACAACAGCGCCAGAGCCAGCCGUUGAUUGAAACGAGACAGAUUUUCAUCGCAUCACAAAUUGCAGUUUGCCAACGUGUAUGUGUCUGUGGUGACCGGUGAAAGUGCACGCUUGUGUGUCCCAAAUCAACAUCGCCUAUCAAACCAGACAUACCUCAACAUUGUGACUUUACCAGUGCAAUUUGGUGGCUUGCGACCAAAACCGCGCUAAAACUAGACUACGAUGUCUUCAGCGGGGGACAGUAAUCAACCACAGGCGGUGCCAAUCUCGCAGCCUACUCGUGUCACCCAGCAACCGACGACACCCGCCCACGUGGUUAAGGAAGGUUGGCUGUACAAACGUGGUGAGCAUAUUAAAAACUGGCGCUCGCGUUACUUCAUACUGCGAGACGAUGGCACCCUUGUUGGUUACAAGAACCGACCCGAUGCCUCCUUCCAAGCGGAACCGUCUAACAAUUUCACAGUGAGGGGAUGCCAGAUUAUGUCCGUCGAUAGACCCCGCCCGUUUACGUUUAUCAUCCGAGGACUCCAAUGGACAACCGUAAUUGAAAGAAUGUUUCACGUCGAGGAAGAAAAAGAACGCCAGGAGUGGGUCGAAGCGAUUAGAAGUGUGGCCAACAGAUUGACCGAAGCCGAGGCUUAUCAAACGGGCUCACAUUCGAACGAGGAUGUGGAGAUGGCAUCCAUCGCCGAAGAUGAACUUUUGACAGAGAAGUUCUCCGUGCAGGGAACAUCCACCGGCAAAAUAAGUGGUAGAAAGAAAGUGACCCUUGAGAAUUUUGAGUUCUUGAAAGUUCUUGGAAAAGGAACGUUUGGUAAGGUCAUCCUAUGUCGUGAGAAGACCACCGCUAAACUUUACGCUAUCAAGAUUUUGAAAAAGGAAGUCAUCGUGCAGAAGGAUGAAGUCGCCCAUACGAUGGCAGAAAAUAGGGUGUUGAAAAAGACUAAUCAUCCGUUCUUGAUAUCAUUGAAAUAUUCGUUCCAAACUGUGGAUCGCCUAUGCUUCGUGAUGCAAUACGUUAACGGUGGCGAGCUUUUCUUCCACCUCAGUCGGGAACGUGUGUUCUCAGAAGAGAGAACCAGAUUCUAUGGAGCAGAAAUAAUAUCGGCGUUGGGAUACUUACACUCACAUGAAAUCGUUUAUCGAGAUUUGAAAUUGGAGAACCUGCUGCUCGACAAGGAUGGACACAUCAAAAUAGCUGACUUCGGUCUUUGCAAGGAGCAGAUCACAUAUGGACGAACAACUAAGACUUUCUGCGGUACACCGGAAUAUCUCGCUCCAGAAGUGCUGGAGGACAACGAUUACGGGUUGGCCGUGGAUUGGUGGGGAACCGGGGUCGUCAUGUAUGAAAUGAUGUGCGGUCGACUACCGUUCUACAAUCGCGAUCACGAUAUUCUAUUCACGCUAAUCCUUCUAGAGGAGGUCAAAUUCCCGCGAAAUAUUAGCCCGAACGCGAGAGAUUUACUCAGUGGGCUUCUCAUGAAACAACCCAAAGAUCGCCUUGGGGGUGGCCCGACGGAUGCGAAGGAAAUUAUGGUUCAACCCUUUUUCUCGAGUAUCAAUUGGAACGAUCUAGUCCACAAGCGAAUCGCACCCCCAUUCAAACCUCAGGUCACAUCCGACACGGACACACGCUACUUCGAUUCGGAAUUCACCGGCGAAAGCGUUGAACUUACGCCUCCCGACAUAAACGGUCCGUUGGGUGCAAUCCAAGAGGAACCGCAUUUUUCACAGUUCAGUUACCAGGACAUGGCUUCCACGUUGAACACUCCCUCGUUCAUAAACAAUCCGAACAGCUACGUAUCGAUGCAGUGAAAUUAUUCACCGACAGGAUGUUGACUCAUAGCUAAAAGCAGCGCACCUGUAAGAUCUUGAGGCAUCUUAAGCAUCCUUUGGGAUUUGCCCCGCGUGAUAAGCGGCGGAAAACAGUGUUGCUGUCUUUUUAUUCGAAUCCGUAACAGAUCGUUUUGAACUUUGGAUGUGAGACAUGUAAACCAGGUGGGCCUUUUCCGUGUAAAGCUUUUUUGCAGUUCGGGAGUUACGCAAACCGGAAUACAGAUACUUUGUUUUGGUUAGAAAGUGAUAGACACAGAAAUGUAGUUAAUGAGUAGCAGUACAGAAUAGCGUGUACUCUAUAAAUUAGCUAAAGAUAUUCCCGAUAACCGAUAACCAGAUAACGACCACACGAGAAAACUCUAAGUUUAGUCCCGCAAUGAACACAUGCUCAGCAAUAGACCGGCUUUUUUUGGAACUGUCGAUACAGGAGCAAACGCCAAGUGGUUGUCGGAAAUAAAGACCACACAAUAGCCCGAAAAUUGAUUCACAUGGCUUUCAGGGUCAAGCGAUCAAUACAAAACUCCAUUCCAAAUUCCAACAAACUUAUUAGUUUAAACAGGUAAAAUAGAAGUGCAAGUUCGCAAGAAGCACAUACCACACAUAUACAUAACUAGUUAGUUGAAUGAAAACUCAUAUAACAGAAACCGUACACACCUCCCCUGCAAAUGAAAUGGCUCUUCCUUUUCAAAGUAAAACUAGAUUCGCUAUUAGAGUAAGGAACGAGAACAAGAAAAACUACACUAAUAUAUAAUGAAAAGGAUCAAACUGUGAUAGAACGUAAAAACCAAUUUAUUAAGAGAAAGAACUAAGGAAUACAAGUAAGAAAAAAAUCCUAAUUAUAGUAAUUACUAUUAUAUCAUAAUAAACAUUACUGUUAAUGCGAAAUGUGAAAGGAAUGGAUUUCAGAAAAAAACUUCGUUUGCCACGGACUACGCUAUAAACUUCAGAAAAAUUAAAUACUAUUGUUAAUUUAUCCAGCUCAAUUGUGUACCGCAUGAAAUCGGUAAUGUGUCCUGUAAGUGGGACAGUUCAUUAUACAGAUCUUCGGGAACCAUUGGAAAAUAUGAAUAUUUUUUGACGUUAUGAAACAUUGUUUGAGAAUCGGCUACGAAAGAGAUGAUAAAAUAGUGUCUGAAGGAGUUUUUGUUGUUAGUAAUAAUAUACAAAUACUCUCUGAAAAAAAAGUUCACUUCAGAUUAUUUAUUCGUUCUUACCAAGGUGGAUUAUUGAAGUGGAAGAUUUCCAAAUGUUGGCUGUAGUAUUUAUGAACAUCAUUUUUGACAUAUUGGAGUAAUAGCAUGCUCGAAGCACUUUCUUUGUGACACCAUGGAACUAUUCUACUGUUUAAAAAUAUUCUCUAUUCUGAACCCUUUUUGACGAAAUGUUUUCGGAUGGUAUUAAUAAGUUCACCAACAGUUCACAUAAACUGCUUACCCAGUUCAGAACGAACUGUGUACGAAGAUCGCUGGCUGAACUGUGUAUAAAGGGCGUGUCACAUCAAAUUGCAUCACGAAAAAAACGCUGUAGAAAUUCGCCCAGUAGACCGAUCCCUUUGAAAAUUUUAGAAAGUAAAAUAAAAACUAUUAAACCACUUUUGGCAUUUUCUUUUUAUUCAUACUUCGAGCCCAAGCCCGUAUGCUCGCACCUUCCUCUUUACCCCGUCCAUAAGGUUCUGUACAACGUCAGGUUGUAGUUUUUUUGAACAGAAAUCCAUUUUCUCUUGAAGUCCGCCUCCGAUUUGACAACUUUUGGGUUCUUCCGGAGGGCCUGCUUCAUAAUCGCCCAAUAUUUCUCUAUUGGGCGAAGCUCCGGCGCGUUGGGCGGGUUCAUUUCCUUUGGCACGAAGGUGACCCCGUUGGCUUCGUACCACUCCAACACGUCCUUUGAAUAGUGGCACGAAGCGAGAUCCGGCCAGAAGAUGGUCGGGCCCUCGUGCUGCUUCAAUAGUGGUAGUGAGCGCUUCUGUAGGCACUCCUUAAGGUAAACCUGCCCGUUUACCGUGCCGGUCAUCACGAAGGGGGCGCUCCGCUUUCCGCAAGAGCAGAUCGCUUGCCACACCAUGUACUUUUUGGCAAACUUGGAUAGUUUCUGCUUGCGAAUCUCCUCCGGAACGCUGAAUUUGUGCUCUGCGGAGAAGAACAACAGGCCCGGCAGCUGACGAAAGUCCGCUUUGACGUAGGUUUCGUCGUCCAUUACCAGGCAAUGCGGCUUCGUCAGAAUUUCGGUGUACAGCUUCCGGGCUCUCGUCUUCCCCACCAUGUUUUGCCUUUCGACGCGGUGAGGAGCCUUCUGAACCUUGUAUGUACGCAGGCCCUCCCGCUGCUUGGUCCGCUGGACGAAUGAACGUGACAAAUUCAGAUUAUUGGCGACAUCCCGGACCGAACUUCUCGGAUCACGUCUAAACCGCUUAACUACGCGCUUGUGAUCUUUUUCACUGACGGAGCAUCCAUUUUUGCCGUUCUUCACCUUCCGGUCGAUGGUUAGGUUCUCGAAGUAUCGUUUUAGUACUCUGCUGACCGUGGAUUGGACGAUUCCCAGCAUCUUACCGAUGUCCCGAUGUGACAACUCCGGAUUCUCGAAAUGAGUGCGCAGGAUUAAUUCACGACGCUCUUUUUCGUUCGACGACAUUUUUCCAAAUUUACGAAAAAUUGACAGUGAAGCAUGGCCAUCACGUUGGCUAUACACUCUUAUCUGGUUAUAAGCAAAAGCUGAAGAUAUUUCCUAAAAAUUAAAUUUCUACAGCGUUUUUUCCGUGAUGCAAUUUGAUGUUACACACCCUUUACAGUUCAGUGCAGAACGAACUGUGUACGGUGAACGAUGAACUUUGUAUGCAGUUCAGAACCAGUUCCGAACGAACUGUGUAUUGGUAUUGAGAUCAUUCUCAUUUUUAAUGAACACCCGUUAGUUGCCACGACCUUAUAAAGGCCCAGUUUUCGACAUUGUUUUCCAAACAUUUCAGUAUCUGCCUUUUAUCUUCGAAUGCAAUGAACAAAGCAUCUCGAGAUUGGUUUUGAACUUCAUUUGUCUCUGCAUGAUUUGCAUGAUUUUCAUGUCCUUGGAAACGAAAGUGACUUCGUUGGCUUCGUAUCAUUCCAUGACAUCCUUUCGUACCACUCCAGGACAUCCUUUGAAUAGUGACACGAAUCUAAAUCUAGCCAGACGAUCGUAGGUUGCUUCAACAGAGGAAGCAGACGCUUAUGUAGACACUCCUUGAGGUAGAUCUGCCCCUUUACAGUCCCGGUCAUCACGAACGGCGCACUCCGUUCACCACAUGAGCAGAUCACUUGCCAAAUCAUGUUUUUCUUAGCAAAAUUUGAAGGUUUCUGCUUCCUUACUUCCUCGGGAACAUCAAACUUGUGCUAGGUGGUGAAGAGCAGUAGUUGUAGUAGACGCUCAGGGCUUCGUAGUAACUUUUAAUCACACGACUCACCGUUGGCUGCACGAUUCCGAGUUGUUUUCCGAUGUCCCGAUGAGAAAGUUGAGGUUUUUCAAAGUGCUUGCGCAAAAUCAAUUUGCGAUGUUGCUUUUUGGGUGACGCAAUUUUCUAAAACCUAAGAGAAGACGUGACAACUGGCUUCUUAGGCCGAGGACAUAGUAAAAGCGGUGCGGUACGAUGCGAAGCGAUCAAUUGGAGUUCAUCGCUAUGACAUUUGCAUUUGAUUUUCACAGUCGUAAACAAAAGAGCUUUCGUGUUUACUAUGUCCUCGGCCUGAGAGUGCAUACCAUGAGUACAUUAUGUCGAAGUAUAUUUUCAAAUAUCAUUGGCAACUAUUAAGAAUUGACCAAUCAGCAGCUGGUCCGAAAUCGACCCCCUGUUGUCUAACAGCGAUAAAAAUACAGUGUAAACAAUACACUUUAAACUUCUUGUAGCCAAAUUUUCAAGAGAAACUACACAAUGGGUAAUUUACUUCGGCGUGUUUUCCGUGAUGUAAUUUGAUGUUGAACACCUUUGAGGCCACUCAAAAUAUUACUGCUAGAAACUACUCGUCUCUUGCUAUGUAAAUUGCACGGUUUUUUUUCUCAACAAAGCUCGUUUUUUGGGAUUCACCAUAUCAGUUUAUUUGUGUAUUACAGAUGUGUUUUUAAGAGCACUAGUAGAGUGUUAUCUGAGUAAGUUAAGUCGAAAGAUGUUCUGCUCUACCACUAUUCGAUGUCUGUAGAUAGACAACAAAUGGUAGUAAAUUGAAAGGAAUCUUUCGGAUGUCUAACAUAAUUUGUAGAGGGGACGCAGGAUAAGAAUAGAUGCUCACUAAACAUAUUAUAGAUAAUUCAUUCCAAAAUAUAUGAAUCAAGUUUAGGCGCAAGGUAAAACAAAAUUAAAAUCCCGAAACUCUUUUCAUGUGCUUUCGAAAGCAGCGUUCUCUGUUUGAACAUAACCAAGAGUUUGUGUUAUUUUUGUCUGAAACAAGACGAACAAACAGGAUUUGUGUAGUUAAAAAUUGUGACUUUGGUCCACUUUUCUGUUUAAUUUAAAGAACAAAAAAAAACAAUAGAUAUCAAAUGAAUUAAAUUCAAGAUAAUGCGUAAAAAUUUACAGCACACAAGCUAUUUUUUGACAAAAAAUUUAAAAAAAAAUACUGGAGACUGGCGAAGUGUUUACGCCACGAAAAUGUUGCAAAUGUUUAUAUUAUCGGAUAUAAAAUACACGAAAUCUGGAAAACAUCACUGC